CUCACUUCGCGUACUCGUCGCGAGAAGACGUCCACGGCACGGAGAAGCACCAUGGCCCGCCCGUGUCAUGGGUUCGACAGGUAUUUUUGCUUUCCAUCGCUCCUUUUCCUAGGCCAUGGCCGAGUACCUGCUAGGAACGGCAAUACACGGAGGGUACCAUGUCCUUGGUGGGGCAUAAAAAUUAUAGCGUACCCGUUCGCGCUGCCUUUUGUUUGACGCAUUACAACAGUUGCGUCGCGGGGAAACGAGCUUCGCAAGACUGUGUCAUCUAGUUUGCUACGUCGUAGUCUGCACCGUUGGCUCACUUCUCUCUUCCUUUUCUAGUAUUGCAUACGCCCAUCGCACCUCCCACCACCAUGUCGCUGCACCGCUCGCGAACCAUGUCGUCGUCGUCAUCGACGGCGGCGAAGAAGGUCUUGAACCUCGACAGCAUCAACCCGCGCGUCAAAGCCGCCAAGUACGCCGUCCGUGGUGAACUAGCCGUCAGGUCAGAGGAGUACCGCGCCAGGCUGGCAAAGGGCGAGGGCAAGGACCUGCCUUUCGACACCGUUGUCGCUGCGAAUAUCGGAAACCCGCAGCAGCUAGACCAGAAGCCCAUCACCUUCUUCAGGCAGGUCGCCAGUCUGUUAGAGAACCCUGGGCUACUCGAGCAUGAGGACGUCUUCACCAAGAGCCUCGGGUACAAGUCUGAUGUGUUUGAGCGCGCGAGGAAGCUGCUGAAGGAGGUCAAGAGCGUGGGCGCAUACAGCCAAAGUCAAGGCGCACCGGGCAUCAGACAGAGUGUUGCAGAGUACAUCGAGCGACGAGAUGGCUACCCAGCCAACUUCGAGGACAUCUACCUGAGCAAUGGCGCCUCGUCUGGGGUAAACACACUCCUGCACACCAUUUGCGCAAGGCCCGAGACGGGCAUCAUGGUUCCCAUCCCACAAUAUCCUCUCUACACCGCCACCCUGUCCGUACUCCAUACCCGCUGCGUACCCUACUAUCUCAACGAAGAGCACGCAUGGGGUACUUCGCUCGAGUCCAUUCGGACCGCCUACGACAAGGCUGUCUCAGAGGGUACCGACGUCAAGGCAAUUGCUGUCAUCAACCCAGGCAAUCCCACGGGCGCAUCGCUAUCAGCGGAGGAUAUCAAGUCGGUACUCGUCUUUGCUGCUGAGAGGGGACUUGUUGUGCUUGCGGAUGAGGUCUACCAGACUAACGUCUUCGUUGGCGAAUUCAUCUCCUUCAAGAAAGCGCUCCGCGACCUACAGAAAGAAACGCCAGAGGAGUACGAUCACAUCGAGCUCGCCUCGCUCCAUUCUAUUAGUAAGGGUAUGGUAGGCGAGUGUGGCCAUCGAGGCGGCUACUUUGAGCUUAUAGGCUUCGAACCAGAGGUCGCGCAGGAAGUGUACAAGUUCAUCUCCAUUCAACUUUGCCCGCCAGUCAUAGGCCAAUGCAUCGUCGAGAUGAUGGUCAACCCGCCCAAGGAGGGCGAGCCGAGUUAUGAGUUGUACAGGAAGGAGUAUGAUGGUAUCUUCAACGGCCUGAAACAGCGCGCAUACGCGCUUUACGAGGCAUUCAAGAAAAUGGAGGGUGUCGUGUGCGACGAGCCUCAGGGCUCAAUGUACCUCUUCCCCACCAUCCACCUCCCACCCAAAGCCAUUGAGCAAGCGAAGAAGGAAGGCAGGGAACCCGAUGAGUUCUACUGCUUCCGCAUGCUGGACGCGACGGGCGUGUGCGUCGUCCCCGGUUCAGGUUUCGGCCAGAAACCAGGCACGCUGCACUUCCGGACGACUUUCCUCGCGCCCGGUACGGAGUGGACCGGGCGGAUCGUCAAGUUCCACCAAGACUUUGUGGCCGAGUUCAAGUAGUCAGUCAGAAGAGCAGAGCAAAGCAGAACGAGCGACAUGACGAGAAUGUGAUGAAUGCAACGAGCGAAGGAGGGAUUUUGGGACCCGGGAGCCAGGUCGCGGAACAUGGCUUCGCUGGGCUUUUUCACUUGCAUAGCGGAA